UGGAUGUCCAUUCACUAUCUGUGCAACUCUCUGCACAGACGACCUCCCCCACGCAUCGUGUACUUGACAUGAGCUCAAGCUUCAGCACUAGACUAGGUUCUGGCUACACUGCAUCCUAAGACUCUCAGCUCACCACCAAAGCCCCCAAUUCAGCUGGGAGAAAGGGCUUCUGGGCUCAUUGCUUAGUGUUAACGUGGUGGAAUUACUGCAUUGCCUCACAGACGAUCCCUCCACUAAUCACAUGCUCGUCUACGCAUCCCGCACAAGCCCGGUUUCAGAUACCAUCAUGCAACACACCUCGAGUAUGGAUGUGCUGGCGAGAUGUCAUGCAUGCUUGCUCGCCCUGCUUUCCACUCUGCAAUCGCUUAUCCUUUUCGGAAGCGUCAUGUGGUCUAUAGCCAUAUUUCUCUUCUUCGUCUUCCUUUUCAACUCGCCCGUAGGCAUAUAUUGUUAUGUUCCUCUCUUUUUCAAAAACUCGCCAAGGUACAAACACCCUCGGCAUCAUCAUAUUUGCUAUGUACAAAACCGGCAAUUACCUCGUAUCAACCGUACCGUAUAUAGCCGCUACUACUAUAUUUUUCUUCAUCCCCAACAAUGGUAUUAUCCAGCUUAACAAAGUAUUAGAAGCUGCCAACCAAUUUAUUCAGUCUCCUUCACCGAAACUCGCUCACCACCCCCCUUCAGAGCAUGUCAUGCAUGUGAAGCCUCACUUUUUUUUCUCCGACUAGUUGCCCAAGUGAGAUACCCAUUCCGUCUGAGCCGCAUUAGUCAAAGAUCCUACC